GUGUGAGGGGGGGGGGGGAGGUGAGAGAGAGAGAGAGAGAGAGAGGAAAAAAAACCCUUUGACAGAUGUACCCGAGGGGGCCAGGAAUAAACUUGGCAACGCUCGCUCUAUGGUAGGUGGCGUGUGAAGAAGAAGAAGAAGAAGAGGAGGAGGAGGAGGAGAGAGAGAAAAAAAUUAGCGGGUGCCAGGAGCGGACCGUAUAUAUUUCUGAAUCUACAUUAUGGCUGAUGAUGACAGUCAAGAUGAACUGAUUAACAAAAACACAGCCCUGGUAAAAGGAAGAGGCAAACGUCAGAUUUCAUCCAUUUUCAGUGAUGAAGAGGAAUCCAGUAGUGAAGAUGGCGAUGAUGUGGAGGAGGGAGACACGGAUGAAAGUGAUGAGGAAGAGGACGGAGAUGAAGAAGACGAUGGUGAUGAGGAAGAUGACGGCGAUGAAGGUGGGGAAGAGGAAGAUUUAGAAGAUGAGGAUGAGGACGAGGUUGCCGAGGAUGAUAAUGAGGUGGAAGAUGAUGAUGAAGGAGCGGUUGGAGGAGUGGACAGAUCAAAGGACAGUUCAGCAGUGAAAGGAAGAGCUAGCUCUGACGAAGACAGUGAGAACUGCCCGAUCUGUCUGAAUACUUUCCGGGACCAGGCAAUUGGGACUCCAGAAAGCUGUGCACAUUACUUCUGCCUUGACUGCAUUCUUGAAUGGGCAAAGAAUGCAAAUUCCUGUCCAGUGGAUCGAAUAAUCUUCAAUCAUAUCUGUGUUCGUACUCACUUUGGAGGAAAAAUCUUAAAAAAGAUUCCAGUCCAGAACCCUGAUAAAGGAAAUGAGGAGGGGGAGGAGGACGUGACAAACUGUGAGGUGUGUGGCCGAAGUGACCGGGAAGAUCGCCUGCUCCUCUGUGAUGGUUGCGAUGCCGGAUACCACAUGGAAUGCCUUGACCCUCCCCUUCAUACUGUUCCAGUGGAAGAAUGGUUUUGUCCUGAAUGUGCUAUUAAUAAUCCUACAGAUGUGGUUGAUGAGAUUGAUGACGAUGAGGUUGCCUUUCUUUUUGCUGACGCACCACAAGAGCCCACUACUUCCAGGUUACGCCCAACUGUAAGAAGAACCCGCGCUAUCGCAAGGACUCGUCAAAGCGAGCGUGUUCGAGCAAACGUAAAUAGAAAUCGGAUUACCCGUGCACAUCAAAUCCGGCACGUACCACAGUACCUGAUGAAUGUCAGCCUGCUGGAUGAAACUAUCGAGGCAGUUGUUGCUGGCCUAAACACAGCAGUAUACCAACGGCCCCUUAACCCACGAGCUCAGAGCACGAAAAGGCGUAAAACAAAAACAGGCAGAAGAAGGAGAAAAGUUGGGAAGAAGAAACCCCGUGGCAAAUCCAAUCUAGCAACUGGAACAAAGCUUGGUGGAAAGACGACAAGAAAACGCAGAAGAAGAUUCAAGCGAAAGAAAGGAAAGAAGAAAGCGAUUAAGUUGAGCGUCACAGCUCGUUCACGUAUCGCAAAGAACCUCGGACUUGGUAAACCGGUUAAUGGAAUUGCAGUUCCUUCCGUGUACAAACCAGUGGAGCCGUCCUUGAAUUUAAUGAGAACAGAUAUUGGAGCAGCUUCAUUGUCAGUAUAUGGAGAUCCAAAUGGUCUGGAUCCUUUUGAAAGUUCUACAGAGGCAUCCUAUGGGGAAGCUGCAAAUCUGGGCUCACCCUUUGGCAGCAAAAGAAGAGUCCUUUCCCGAUCAGCUCUGCGCUCUCAUCGGCCAGUGGCCAGACCCAUUGCAGUUGCAAUGUCAAGGAAUGGAAUACUUCCAACUGUUGCUCGGGAGACGGAACCAGAAACCACAUCUGUCCCAGAUGUGUUGGGAUGUAUCCUGGCAGGGCAGAACAUCUUGAUGAUGGACAGUGCUCACGUUGUGAUCAAUCGGGAUGGAUCUUUAAAGCCGAAAGAAAGAGGGCAUCGUCCGGAGAAGGCAUCAAGUGACAGAGGUAGCGAGAACUCUUCUGGAAGCUCGGUUGCAAGUACUUGUAUCUCAGGGAACUCUACUUGUACUUCAAAAGAGGAAAUAAAAACUACUGGCCUUACGAGUACUUCAAAACGCACGGAACGUAAUUCACUUACUUUUCCAUCAACAUCUGGUUUAUCAUCUAAACCAGCACUACAGACAACGUCAACAAAUAUAAGACCUUUGUUAUCUGGAAAAUUUACUCCCAUGCCUGAAGUAUCAGCCAAUCCAAGGAUAAACGAAUCUGGGAAUUUGCCAAACGCGGAACGAACAGGGGAAUGUGGCAAAACAUUUAGUGGGUUCACACCCUUCAAGUGGUUAAAUAACGCUUCCAGUUUGCAUUUAAGAACCAGCAUGGGAACACUAAACCGAAUUCCACCGAAACCGUUUCCUAGGCUUGAUAUUUCAGAAUUUCCUCGGAUACCAAAGAUAAAAAACCAAACCAGUUCUUCCAGUUUCCAACUGAGCAACAAAAGUAAUGGAAUGCCUCAUGCCUCAACAAGCAAACUUGCUGGUAAUGAUAACAGUGGACAGUCUUCAACACCUGAUAGAUUAGGAAACAACAGGAGAAAUAAUAUUGAAUCUCCUCUGCAAGGAGCUUCUUCCAUUACAGAUGUAGCUGGUCGUCCUCGUAAUUUCCCAGGUACAUCUCAAGAACAUCUCAAAAGCAGAGGGCUGGACUCCAUUUCUUGUCAUAGUUUUAAAACUGUGACCACUGACACUGAUCAUUCAAGUAGGUUGGCUCAGUCUGAUGUGUACGAUCCAUUUGAACCUACAGAUGAUGAAGUUCAGCGGUAUAACAAAAACGACCAGGAAACAGCUUCAUUGUCACAGCCCGAUGUAAAAGAAGAAAAUGCUGAUGAUAAAUAUGAUCCGUUUGAUCCCACUGGGUCUGGUUCAAGUUCUUCAAAUUCUAGUCCUGAUAGGAAUGAGUUCAGAACAGAGUGUCCGUCCCCAUUGUCUAUUUCUUCCGAAGAUCAAGACACAGCGAAUAAUACUGCAUUCAAUAUCCACUUUAAUACUAGUGCUACUUCUAACCAGGAAAUUGAACCCUGUAAAAGCGACACAGAAUCUUGGGCGAGAGCAAUACCUGUUCUGAAUGGUGACAAGUGUAAGUCUUUCGGUCAGCCUCAAUUGUUAACUGUUGAAGAGCCUAAAGCUGAAUCUGACAGCGGUAUUGUACAAGUGUUUAAUGAUGAUGAUGCAGAGAAAGAUGUGAAAUUGCGUGGAGACUCUGAUGCUGAAAGAUGGGAAAGGACACACACUCACAAGUCACUUUGCAGCUCUUCAACAUCUGCUGUGCACAAUGCUCAGUCUCAACAGCAGGCUGUAAAGACAGACAGCGAUGGUGAUUGUCCAUGUUCUGGUGAGGGUUCUUUGCAACUUAACAAAAACGUUCCUGCUGCUCUAAGCGUGGAUACAGACAUCUCGUUAGAAAAUAACCUGAAAGGAAAGGUGAUGAAUAAAAAACACCACAUAGACUCAAAAUCUCGGUCGAGAUCAAGAUCCAGAUCAGGUUCCCACAGUCGCAAGAAACAUAAGAAGGAAAGGAAUGACUCCUUAUCGGAAGAUCGUAAAGCAAGCAGAUCAUGGUCACGGUUGAAAGAAGAAAGAAAAUUGAGAUCGCACUCCAGAGAACGACGGAGGUCAAAAUCUAGGUCACGGUCUCGAUCGAGUAGCUUAGAGAAACGCAGGAUAAAAAAGGAUAAAAAGCAAAGGAGCAGGGACAAGAGGUCACGACAUUCCAGAUCAGGGUCCAGAGAGAGAUGGUUGAGUAGUUCUUCUGACGUGUCCACAGGCAGCCGCAAGAGGAGAAGGAAGAGCUCAAGGGAUUGCAGAAGUUCUUACAGACGGUCUCGGUCCAGCAGCGUUGACCAUGGAAACCGAAGGAAGUACGAAAGAGAGCCAAAUCAUGAAGAACAUGAAAGGCGAGCUAGACAUUCAAGUUCAUGGUCAAGGGAAAGAAAACGCUUACGAUCGUGGUCUAAAUCCAGAGAAAAGAAAAGGCCAUGGUCUAGAUCGAGAGAAAAGAGACGGUCUAGUUCUAGAGAAAAGAGACGAUCUCGUUCUAGAUCGAGCUCCAGAGAAAAGAGGAGAUCGCGAUCGAGAUCUAGCUCCAGAGAAAAGAGGAGACAUUGGUCUAGAUUUAGAGAGAGGAGCCGAUUGCAACCAGGUUCUAGAUCCAAAGAAAAGAGGAGAUCAUGGUCCCGAUCUAGAUCCAGAGAACGAAGGAAACCGAGAUCUAUAUCAAGAACUCGUUCAGGAUCCAAGGAUCAAAGUAGAUCCAGAUCUAGAGAAAGGUGGUUGCAAUCAAAAUUGCAGUUCCCAGAACUGCAAAGGAAACCUAAUGUUCCUCUAGAGAAAGACUUCUUCAUUGAGAAGGAAAGAAAGCAAAGGAUAUUUUCACCUUCUAGAACUAACUUGACCACUGAGGGCAAUGCCUCGUUGAAGAAGCCUAUUCUUUCCAGUGUGCCAAUUCUUCCAGGAAUUGAUGUUCAUAGUUCUGCCCAUCCCAUAGCCGUGAAAGAGGAACAGGAACCAGUAAUUGGAGCAAUGCAGGAUGAAGUCAAACCUAUAGAAUUUGUUGAACAAAACCAAAUUUCCAUUUGCAAGAGUGAAGACUUUAAAGAUAGUACUACUGAUCUUUUCGCUGAAGUUGAUCCUAUAAGCACAUGUACAGUAGGUUUGCACACGAACAAUAUAGAGAUAAAAUGUACUGAGAAUUUCCAAGCCAAUGUUGUGUCUGAGAAUUUCCAAGCCGGUAUUGUGUCUGAGAAUUUCCAAGCCGGUAUUGUGUCUGAGAAUUUCCAAGCCGGUAUUGUGUCUGAGAAUUUCCAAGCCGGUAUUGUGUCUGAGAAUUUCCAAGCCGGUAUUGUGUCUGAGAAUUUCCAAGCCGGUAUUGUGUCUGAGAAUUUCCAAGCCGGUAUUGUGUCUGAGAAUUUCCAAGCCGGUAUUGUGUCUGAGAAUUUACAAACCGAUAUUGUGUCUGAGAACUUCCAAACCGAUAUUGUGUCUGAGAAUUUACAAACCGAUAUUGUGUCUGAGAACUUCCAAACCGAUAUUGUGUCUGAGAAUUUCCAAACCGAUAUUGUGUCUGAGAACUUCCAAACCGAUAUUGUGUCUGAGAACUUCCAAACUGAUAUUGUGUCUGAGAAUUUCCAAGCCGAUAUUGUGUCUGAGAACUUCCAAGCCGAUAUUGUGUCUGAGAACUUCCAAGCCGAUAUUGUGUCUGAGAACUUCCAAGCCGGUAUUGUGUCUGAGAACUUCCAAGCCGGUAUUGUGUCUGAGAACUUCCAAGCCAGUAUCGUGUCUGAAAACUUCCAAGCCGGUAUCGUGUCUGAGAACUUCCAAGCCGGUAUCGUGUCUGAGAACUUCCAAACUGCUAGUCCUUGUAACAAAGAUGACACUGUAGGAGAUAAUAUUUCCAUUCCUCUUAUAUGCCUUGGAAAAGAAGAGGAAAUUUCAGCCCCAACAGAAGGUGAGGAAAGUCCAAUAGUAAAGCCAGAGGAUGAAGAGGCUCAUGAAAGUUAUCCAACAAAGUCAGAACCACUUUCGACCAUGCGUGAGAAGUCCAAUGAACCAGAACAAUUGGCAACUUUAAGUCAAGGGGAUCAUAAUGAAUCUGUAGAUACAAGUCCAGCUGAGGAAUUGGCAAACAUAAGUCCCGUUGCAAAUAGCACAGUGGUGACCUUGUUUAAGGAUGAGGACACAGAAAUUUGUGCAGCAAGUACAUCCUGUUCCCAAGGCAUUCAAGCAGACGACAAACAGACUGUGGGAGAUAAACUGAGAUCAAACAUCACUGUAGAAGUGGAAAAGCCACUGCCUGUCGUUACUAGUACUGAACCAUCGGAGGAAAGAGCAGAAACGACAAAGCCCGAGAGCAGCGGGGAAUCUGAGCAAACGCUCGCACAGAGCUCGACACAACCUGUGAAAGGGAAGAGUGAGAAUGAGGCAGGUACGCAGGGCACCGGGACAAAAUCCAAGCCUCUCGUCAAGAGGGUGACGUGGAACCUGCAGACCGAGGAUAAGGAUGAGGCUACAUCGGGAAGGCUUACCCGGACCCCGUUUUCCUACAGGACGCACCGAUUGAAUAAAGAAGGUGCCUGGAAAACUCCGGAUUCAAGCCAGCCGUUAAACCCAGUGACGUUGCCUCUGCCCCAGCCUCAGCUUCUGCCUCACUCUCUGCCUCACUCUCUGCCUCACUCCCUGCCUCACUCCCUGCCUCCAGUAACUAAUUACUCAAUCCCUCCACCUAUGUUUCCUGGUCUAUUUGCACCACAGGCAUUUAACCAAGUCGGUCUUGCCAGACCUUUUAUGCCACCCCCGCCGAUGCCGCUCAUGCCUCCUUUCCCGAUCCCCUACACGCCUGCCGGUCAGCAAACUGUCCAGUUCAUGCAAGGAAGUAUUCCUCUGAUAGGCUGCACACCCGUGCAGCCAUUAAUGCCAUUACAGCCCACGAACCAAGCUGCUGCGGCUUCAGCUGCUGCUGGCGCACACAUGAAUAUUGUGGGAAAUCUGGACAGCAAAAUGCAAGAGCCCAAACCAUCUGACGACAAAAGUCAAAACGACAAUUACAUAAAAAAACUACAUAUACAGGAGAGGGCUGUUGAAGAAGCAAAGUUAGCCUUAAAGCCCUUUUACCAGACAAAAGAGAUCACCAAAGAGGAGUACAAGGAGAUUCUACGAAAAGCAGUGCAAAAGAUCUGCCACAGCAAGAGUGGUGAAAUCAACCCAGUUAAGGUUGCCAACCUUGUGAAGGGAUACGUGGAGAAAUACAAACACAUAAGGAAACAUAAGAAAGGCGAAGCGGGGGAAACCAGCCAAGAAACAGACCCCAAAGCAGAAGAGAGCUGAAACAUGUGAAACCUGCACAGACAAUACGAGUGUCAGUGCACUGGGGACUCUUAACUCGUGUGAACACAUACGGUGAACUCUGGGAAACCGACCUCUUACAAGCAGGGUAUCGGCGGCUGGAGUAGCAACAUAUUUUUUAUUUGAUAGCAUCGCCAGUCAAAGUCAAAGUGCACCUGUAACAAAACAAACGUCAAGAAGCUUUGCAACUGGAACUUUAUUUUUCCUCUUUUGUACAAAGAACGAGUUGAUGCCACAACAUUACCAUCUACCCUGUCAUGAAUGAGAUUUUUAGACGGCGUUUAUGGCGUUUAGAAUAAUGUUCCUUUUAUGUAAGAUUGGACUGAAUACUUGAAGCUCUGUUUAGUUUGUCUGAUAGCGGCUCGAAAGGAUAAAAAAAAAGAAUUGCCUAAGUAACACGAGUUUAUAAAAUAUUGGUCACUUUUAUUCAAAAUGGUUUCCUUAUUUUUUAGAUGACUUGUUCUGGGCAAAAAUGUAACAUAGUUUGGUAAAGGUUCACCAAUAUUCUACAAACCUCUUGUCAUAAAUUAUAAUUUAAAAGCCAUGAUUGCAUCUUUAUUUCUGUAAAUAAUAUUCAAAAAAUUAAUUUGUUAGAUAAAUUGUAGCACUUAAAUUUUUCUUCUCCCCACACCCUCCCUCCCUAGCUUGUCCCUCGUAUGAAUUGAAAUAAUUAUGGCUUGUGAUGAUAAAAUGCAGUCUUACAGGUGUUAAUUCAUGCUGGCUAUUAUUAAUUUGCUUUUUUCUGUCUACGCCUGCAAUAAAGCCCCAACUAAAAUCACAAUCAUCCAUGUAUUUUGCAGAAGCCCACACUGAACAUUUUCUUCACGUUUCUGAAGCACUCAAAGCAAAUGUUCAGGACUCUGUGAAAAUGAGUUAUUUGGCCUCCUGAUCAAGGAGAUAAUAUGGUUAAAAAGAUUAAUAUAUGGUUGCUUGCCGAUAAGUCCAAAGUUUAUUUUUGCAGCUUAACUUGUAUUUUGUGUGAACUAAACUGCAGAGCAUCUACAACGCCUUCUAAUGCUUUCUUUCCUGUAAAGUAUUGAAAUCGCA